AGGGUCACAGAAUCCAUCCCGCGGGCAGCAGGAAGGAAACUCAGCCCCCCAACGUGCCAUGCUGGGGCAGGGGCUCCCGUGAGCCAGGGCGGCUCUUCCCAGUUCCCGCCUGUCUCGGGAUCACCCCGCGCCCCAGGAGAGCAGAACUGGGAAGGCACCAAGGCCACGAGAACAAAGACCCGCCCCCGCGGCACCAAGCCCCAACAGCAGGCUCCGCCUCCCAGAGGAAGAAGCUCGAUUUCUCGCGAGCUUUCUCCCAGCUCCUCAGUGACAUCUCGCGAGAUCUUCUUUACACCUCCCACCAUUUCCUCCACCCCUCGUGAGGUCUCGCGACACUCCUUUGACUCCUCCUUUUUCCCGGCGGCCGUCGCCAAGAUGCCUUCCAGACUAAGGAAGACCAGGAAGCUGAGAGGACACGUUAGCCACGGCCAUGGCCGUAUUGGCAAACACAGAAAGCAUCCUGGUGGCCGUGGAAAUGCUGGGGGCAUGCACCACCACAGAAUUAACUUUGACAAAUAUCAUCCUGGUUAUUUUGGGAAAGUUGGUAUGAGACACUACCAUUUGAAGAAGAACCAGAACUUCUGUCCUACUGUCAACUUGGAUAAAUUGUGGACACUUGUUAGUGAGCAGACAAGACUCAACUAUGCAAAAAAUCAGGCUGGAUUAGCACCUGUCAUUGAUGUUGUACGCUCGGGUUAUUACAAAGUCCUGGGCAAGGGGAAGCUGCCCAAACAGCCUGUAAUUGUGAAAGCAAAAUUCUUCAGCAGGAAAGCAGAGGAGAAGAUCAAAGAAGUUGGUGGAGCAUGUGUGCUUGUGGCAUAAGAGUUUUGUAUUUAUUCAAGUUUGAAUAAAGACACUAUAAAAUGAA